AUGGUCAAGCAGGUUUGGACGGAGACUAAUGUGGGGGGAUGGAGCUUUUUUGAGGUUAAGGAGAAACUGAAGAAACUCAAAGAGGCGUUGAAGGUGUGGAAUCGGACUUCUUUCGGUGAGAUUGACCACAAAAUCAAAGAACUUCAGAAGGAACUUCAAGAGAAGGAUAAGGUGGACGAACAGAGAGGUCUUGAAGAAUCAGAGGUGAUCAGGAGAAAUGAGAUUCAAGCCCUGCUCUCCCUUCAAAUCAAGAAUAAACAGAUAAUGCUGCAACAGAAAGCCAAAAUCAAAUGGCUAAAAGAGGGAGAUACUAAUUCGGGUUUUUUCCAUAGGGCAAUUCGGGGGAGACGGGUUAAAAAUGAGAUUGGCGGAAUGAUCUUUGAAAACUCGUGGAUAUCUAAACCGGAAGAGGUUAAAGCUAGAGUGAGAAAUCAUUUUGAAGCUUUUUUCAAAAGGAAAGAACGACUGAUGCCUGAUUUCCCCCUGGACUUCAUGAGGAGGAAAAUUUCAAAUGACGAGAGGCAGUGGCUGAGCAGGGAUUUUGAUUUGGACGAGAUUAAAGAAGCAGUUUGGAGCUGUUGUGGAGACAAGAGUCCGGGACCCGAUGGAUUUAACUUCACAUUCUGGAGAGCGGCGUGGCACGUGGUUAAAGAGCAUUUACUCCAGGUUUUGAAGGAAUUUCACGAAAACGGAAAAAUUCCGAAAGGAGGUAACGCCUCUUUUAUUGUUCUGAUUCCGAAGAAAAAGGGGCUGGGUCGAUCGAUGAUUUUCGACCAAUUUCUCUUAUCACCAGCUUGUUCAAAAUUGUGGCUAAAAUCUUGGCUGAGAGAUUGA